ACCUGAGUAUCGAGCGGCCCAUCACUAGCUACCGUAUCUGCCGCGUGCUACAGUUCCUCUCUGUUUGCUCUUAUGAGACCCUCGUGCUCAGACUUCUUUACGGCCACAAGAUCAAGCAAAGGUGCGGAAGUUAUUGACAAAUUUGACAACCGUUCUUGGCUCAUUGAUGAUUGGCUUUCCCAUUUCACACGGCCAUACACUGAGGUGUCUAAUGGCUUCCAGCUCAGGGCUUUCCAUGUAAGAAAUUAAUCUGAGAAGAGAAGGACAGACAGUUAAAGUGAGAGUAGAGUUUCCCACAGAACAUGGCCUCUGCCAAAGAAGGUGGCGUGAAUGAAAGAACGGUGGACAUUAAAGAAGAGGACUGUGAGCGGCUCACACCAGAGGAUGUGCGUGUGAAGCUGGAGGAUCACGAAGAAAGAAUUUCAGUUUUUAAAGAGGAGGAGUGCAACGGGGUGACUGCUGCCAUUAAAGCUGAGGAUUUGAAUGAUUUCUCCAUUGGUCUUGAACUUCAAAAGCAUGAAACAACUGAGGAUAUUUUCAAGCAAGAUGCCUGUGAAGAAUCUCCGUCCAUUUUAGAGCUCUGGUCCACUAAUACAGAACGACUGGCUACGCAGGAGAAUUCUACAGAGCUGAAAUCGGAGUUAUCAGAGUCUGAAGAGAAAAUCACCGAGAGAAAUGGGCGAGAAGAAGAAGAGUCACCUGAUUUACAGAAGAAUGGCAGCUUCACUCAGCCCUCUCUUCAAUACAAUGAGAAAGAUAUGAAGAAAUCAGCAAGAGGAUCAGAGAACCUGACAGCAGCUUUUUUGCAGUGCAGUUCUCUCCCUGCUGCUGGAGUAACACAAACAGAAGCCAUCAAAACUGAUCGACAACAAGUGGAGAAAGAAAUCCAAAUUCACACUGGAAAAAAAUGUUUGGAAUGUGGCAAACAAUUCACACACAGAAAUGGUCUUUAUCAGCAUAUGAAGAUUCACACUGGAGAAAAACCUCAUAGCUGUCCAGAAUGUGGUAAGUCAUUCUCAAGGAGAAGCAAUCUUCGGACGCACAGAAGAAGCCACACAGGAGUUAAACCUCAUUGCUGUCCAGAAUGUGGUAAGUCGUUCUCCAGUAGAAGCAAUCUUCAGAUGCACAGAAGAAGCCACACAGGAGAAAAACCUAAUUGCUGUCCAGAAUGUGGUAAGUCGUUCUCACGUACCAGCAGUCUUCAAAGCCACAGAAAAAUCCACACAGGAGAAAAGCCUCAUUGCUGUCCAGAAUGUGGUAUGAUGUUCUCAAUCAGAAGUGCUCUUCAGAGGCACAGAAGAAUCCACACAGGAGAAAAACCUUAUUGUUGUCCAGAAUGUGGUAAGUCGUUCUCAAGGAGGUGCCAUCUGCAGAGACACAGAAGAAUCCACACAGCUUAAAAACCUCAUUAUUGUCCAGAAUCUGCUGAACAAGUUUCUGACAAAUGCAGUUUUCAAAGGCACACAAAAAUUGAUACCGGAGAGAAGCCAUAUUGCUGUUCUCAAUGUGGAAAAAGGUUUUAAACAUUAGCUCAUUUUAAGUAAACACACAAAACUCCCACCAAAGCAAAAAUGCAGUAUGUAUGUUCUGAAUGUGGUAAAUGUUACACAAGCCAGAAAGGUCUUUAUCCACAUACCAAAAUCCAUACUGGAGAUAAACCUUAUUGUUGUCCUGAAUGUGAUAAGCAGUUCUCACAACAAAGCACCAUAAAAAUUCACAUCAGACGUCACAUCAGAGAGAAACCUCACCUUUGCUUGGAAUGUGGCAAACAAUUCUCACACCUCAAUUCUCUGUAUAAGCAUGCGAAAAGUCAUACUGGAGAGAAGCCUUAAAGUUGUACUGAAUGUGGAAUGUGAUUCUCGUAUAACAGUUCUCGUUCACAAACAUAAAAUAAUUCAUUCUGGUAAGACACAAAUUUGUUGUGACUGUGGCAAGCUUUUCUCAGACAGCAUGACUCCUAAAGAUCAAAUGAGAAUUCACUCCGGAGAGAAACCUUAUUGCUGUCCAUAGUGUGGAAAACGAUUCUCACGUCAAACCACACUUGGGUGCCACAGAAGGAUCUACACUGGAGAAAAGCAGUACACCUAUUCUGAAUGUGGUAAAGGGUACUCUUCCAGAAAACGUUUUCAGAGACACGUAAAGUUAUAUUGGUGUAAAGCCUGUCCCAGAAAUGAUCUUUCCAUUGGAUCCUCA